GGGGAGAAGGGGCGGCCGGGCCCCGAGAGCGGCCCCCAGACCAAAGCUGUGGCUGAAAAGAAAAGUGCGAACAAGCAAGAAUUUAACUUUGAAAAAGCUCGCUUGGAAGUGCACAGGUUUGGAAUCACUGGCUACGAGAAGCAAGAGCAACGUUUAUGGGAACGGGAACGGGCUAUCAUGCUGGGAGCCAAGCCCCCCAAAAAGGAACACAUCAACUACAAGACAUAUCAAGAGAAAAUGAAAGAGAAAAAAGCAGCGAAGGAGGAUGAUAAGGGAAAGGAACACAAAGGAGAUUCUCUGAAGAAGAAGAAGAAGAAAGACCUGAAGGAGAGGAAGGCCAAGGGGAAAAAAUCAGUGCCUAGCAUUUGGCCUGCAGGACAAGUUGGAAAAUUCAGAGAUGGAACCUUAAUUCUACAAAGUGGUGACAUAAAGAAAAUUAAAUCAUCUAAAGUUAUCAAAUGAACUUAUGAUAUAGAACAAAAUGGACAAAAGCCAUGACGGAAUUCACACUGCCACCAAAACAUAGCCCCUUGCCCUGUCAACGUGUUGUAAUUCUUGUACCUUAUUUUUUGUUGCAGGUUUUUCUGUCUUCCAUUUGUUCUUAGGGGGAAUAUGAGAAUUUACCAUUUUGUAAAUAAAAAUAAGACUUUUUAAUAAUUAA